AUGCUUACCUUCACUGCGAAUCACUUGUUGAGUCUAAGACUGAUCACCUUGGCCUCUGAAGACCCGAUCUACUACAGCCUACGACCUACAACCUACGACCACGACCUAGUCCUCGCGGAGCAUACCCUCAAGCUUGAUGCCGGCAAGGGCGAUAUCUGUCAUCACUUAUCAUACAAUUCAUCAGCACAACGUACUACGAUGCCUGCCAGUGGUGCUGCGUCGGCCUCCCCACCCCUCUUCCCCCCGUUGACGCAAGCGGAGGCCGAGGCCGAGCGAAUCCAGAACAACACCACAGACCCGUAUUAUGCAUACGACCAUAAGAUGGACAGAAAGCUUGAUAUCAACGCGGGGCAAACUCAGUCCAUCAACGAUCUGCUUGACCGGGAAAGGGGGAUUGCCAACGACCUCCUCCCCAUUCUCUGGCGCGUCAACCGCCUUGGUGAUCCUAUGGCGGACGACCAGAGUUACAAGCGGGCGCGCGAUGCAAUCUUCAAGGCCGUAUUUCGGAACUGGAACAUCGCUGGCGCGCCCGUUCACGUCAAAGUCCUCGCUGAUCUCCCGGUCGCUCAGCUGACGUUUUCAAUGGCGGAUGUGAACGGUUCCGUCUUCUCCAACGCGCUUGUCGUGACCCACGUCACCGACUACAACCUUCUUCGCCUUCGGACUGAGGUUACGAUGAAAUGGAACGAUGCUGAAAUAAAGCGUCACGGCACCUCCAACAUGGAAUGGGUGGUUUACUUCAAGACAAACAGACUGCGAAGGUCCUUGGCGGCGGACACUCACGGCAGGCACACCGCUGUUCACGGCACAUCCCCCGGAAAACAGAAUAUCGCGCUCACACCUCAGUGCUACACGUUGAAGCUGAUUGACAACGACCUGUGCGUCGACCUGCUCUAUGGGCAGUUCUUUCUUGGCUAUUCAGGCGUCACGAGAGAAGGAUCGGUCAAGCUGGCGAACGGUGUCAUCGAGUGUAGCACUGACGGACCGCCGGAUUCCACCUGCUAG